AUGACUCCAACUCUGCUGGAUCUGGCUCAAAUAUUUGGGUUCAGGCCUGUUAAUGCUGUUGGUGACUACCACAGAGGGAAAAAUCGAGAGAGAUUGGCCAAGCCCUUCACCAUCUCUGCAACCAUGAUUAACCAGAAUUGUUCCUCCUCCAAUUUCUUGAAGAAGUCCAGCACUGAGAAGGAGAAGGAUCAGCAACACAUGUUGUUCCUGCUAUAUUGGUUAAAUAGGUUUGUCCUUCCUAACCGCUCUUCGGCAGUUCUGCUGAAAUACAGGCACCUGGAAGAGGCCUUGCAUAAUAAUGCUGACGUGGGACUUGGCCCCACAAUUCUGGCUCACCUGUACAAGAACCUUCACAGUGCCACUUUGGAGAGUCCACUGAAUAUCUUUGCACCUGGCGCAUUAUGGAUUAUCCAGAUCUGGCUGCAGGUUAUGGCAACUCCUUUGAUGUCGGCAGAAUUGCCUAAGCGCUCAAUUGAAGAGUAUGUCAUUUUCUUUAGGCACUGCACCAAGAGGUCUGCUGCUCAGUGGCAAGUGGAGCCUGAAGAAGAAGAAGCAAGAACUGAUUUCAGAAAAAAGUUUCUGAGUGUGACGCUGCCCCGGGAUAAGCCUUUCGGUGGGGGCAAGCCUCCUAAUUACCAUUUGGGAGCAGAGUCUUACAGAAGCUGCAACUGUGCUACUUUGUGGAGGGAUUCAGAUGACCUGGAUGUGCACAAGGAUUGCAGGUGUUUAGUGAACAAGAUCAACAACAGUGUGAAUGCCCUCUAUCCAUCCUGGGAGCCUAAUUCUUGCAGUUCUGGCGAGCUUGAUGCCUGGUGGAAAGCUCAUUUCGCCGGAGUGCUAGAUGCCAAUACUUCUGUGUUUGUCCGUCGCAAAUCUCGCGGCCUGAUGCUCCGAGCCGAGGGGAUGUGCGUCAACAUGUGA